GACGGGCACUUGUUUACGAUUGAAACUUCGGAAAAUACGAUGAAAAUUUGUUUUUGUCUGCGGAAAAGCCAUCUAUAGUACUUGUUAAAUGUUUUAUUCGCAACAAGUCGCCAACGAGCAACAAACCAUUAUAAAGAAUGUAUUCGAGUGUUUAUCGUCCAACGUGUAGCUAUCGUGAUUGCAAGAACAAAAUUGCCCCAUCCAAGACGUAUUUUGAGUUGCCCUCGGAACACAGUCGACGCGAAAUUUGGAUCAAAAACAGCGGAAUCUCGGAAGCCGAAGCAGCAAAAAUCAUCCUCGAUCGUCGUCCCAUUUUCAUUUGCGAAGAACAUUUUGAUCAGCGACAAAUGCAAUACUUGCAGGACGGGCGAAAAAUCCUGAUAAACCAUCCAAACUCGAAUCCUCUGCCAUGGCAACCAACGGAAACUCCUUCGGGCUUCCCGUACGACGAACAAGCCACACAAAUGCUCCAAAUUUUCGAGUCAAAUAACACGGAGCAAGACCUCUACGACUACAUUUUCGCACGAAAUUACGUGCAUCAAACGACGGAAGCUGCUGCUUCGGCAGCGGCAGCGCCAACCAAUGAACACCUCAUGAUUCUAAAUCAAAAUUACAUGUUGCAAGCGGCACAGCUGCAACAGCAAUCUCAACUUUUAGCCUCGAGCGGGCAUACGGCAGCAACGCAUCACCAUCAUCAAUUGCAACAAAUUCGACAACAGCAGCAGCAACAAUUGCAGCAACCGCAACAUACCACGACAAUGACGACAGCAGCUCUCACAUCAGCUGCCAUGACGCCGGAUCGACCGAAGCAACAACGACGUCCCCGAACACAAAAACCAAAAACGGCGUAUCUGCAUGACGAACCGGAACCCCCGAAAAAGGAUGUUCUCUGUUUUUCCGUUAAAAGCAACGAACUGAUAAAGAAUGGAGAUAAAACUGUGACGCCGCUUGCUGUGGCAGCAGCAUCAUCGGCAAGCACGAGUCAAAACGCAGAUCCCGGAAGUCUCGAUAUCGAAGAACAAAUUGAAACUUAUUACAUUAUGAACGAGAAAAACGGGAAACAAUCAGACAUCAAUACCAUUAUCGGCAAUUGAGUCGCUUAAGUGGUGCCAUCCGAACAAGCGAAAUUCAAUUCCGUCAUAAAAGUCGUUUGUAACAUAAGUAAGAGGUAUUAAAAAAAUUAUCGCGGGAUAGUUGACCUAAUUUUUUUUUUAAAUUUAGCUGUUUUAAGGUUCAUUGUUGUAUAAGAGUAGAUUUAAGGGACUUUUGACCCCCACACAAAAGAAUCAUUCUCAUUUUUUCCCCUCUAAAGUCUUAAUUUUAAUUCAUUUUAACCAAUUUCCAAUUAUUAUGACAAAAUUUUUACUGAGAUCAACAGUAGAUUGAACAAUAAUAACAAAAUAAAAGCUAAAAUAUCUUUAUAAAAA